CGACCCCCCUCGGUGCGCAAGUCGAAAGAAAACCUGCAGUGCUUCGAAGCCAUGGCGGUGGAGUCUGAAGCGCUGGUCUUUAGCGAGCGCAGAGGGUUCCCCCUGUACGCCCGCACCUGGAGUCGAGCACGAGAAGCACUGGAGUCGUCCUUACUCCGGCUCUACCAGCGAAACGACCAGCAGCACCAAGCUUUGAUUUUUCCCUCGGGCAUGGCUGCGAUCGGAGCGACCGUCGCAGCCAUCGCGCAGAACCAGCAGGCAGAUGCCAAGAAACCAUGGAUCUUGGUGCAUGGCAACGAACUCUACUGCGAGGUCCCUCGCACGCUGCACUACAUCGCGGACUCCUCCGGCCGCGCCCGCUGCAUGGCGGUGGAUGUGACGCGUCACGGGGAGCUGCGCGAGCUCUUUGCCCAGAUGGGUGCGUCCAUCAAGGUCUUUCACUUUGAGACCGCGACCAAUCCAAGUGGACAGUUCUUUGACUUCCGCCUCAUUCAAGAACUCAGGAAGUCGGCACCAGAGUGCCUCUUCGUGUGCGAUAAUACCUGGCUCUCCGGUGCUUUGUUCAAUCCCUUGGACCAUGGUGCGGACCUGGUGGUCGAAAGCAUGACGAAGUACGUCUCCGCAGGGAUGUGCAUUGGUGGCGCCGUGCUGGGGCCGAAUGGGUUGAUGGCACCCAUCCUCUCGUGGAUCAAGGCCUUUGGCAUCUUCGUGGGACAAGACCACUGUCAGCUCUUCGCCGAGGGCCUCCAGAGCCUCCACGCUCGGAUGGAGGCCACCUCGAAGAGUGCUGUGGCGCUGGCGGAGUGUUUGGAAGCGCAUCCAGCGGUGAACCGCGUAAUGUAUCCGCUGCUGCCGUCCCACCCCACAUUCUCGAUCGCCAAGCGAUAUUUGACGAAGGGAGGGCCCGGAUGCCUUUGGUUUCAUGUCUCGGCGAAGAAGCAGCACGUCAUGAAGACGAUCACUGCGUGGACCUCGCCCGAGUGCAAGACCUCCUUUGGUUCGAGCACCUCGCGCUUGGACCCGUGGCCCCACGCUGCGCCUGCCCAGCUCUAUGACCAGACCGGCGAACAGACGUGGACGAGGACGAGUUCCGGGACGGCGAAGCACGGCACCUGGCUGCGCCUUGCGGUUGGAUACCAAGAGGAGGUCGCUAUGCUGAUGAAAGACUUGGAUCGCUUGCUGGCGCAGCUUGGGCCCUACCCAGAGGAGAAAGAUGUGCAAAAGGUGGUGCCCAAGGCUGCCGCGGGCUACGCCGACGGCGUCACCGUUGCGGACGCCGCGGACGCGGGGAAGCGGUCGAGCGCCACGAGCGAAGGCCGAUGGUUGAUUUUUUGCAGUUCUUGCUACCUAAUGCUUUACCUGACGCUUCUGUUGUUCGCAAAAAAAGGCACGAACAAUGCCUUUCGCAAUUUUUUAGGUUCACGGUUUAAGCCAGCCUGGCCUGGUGCGUGCUGAGGAGACGAAAGCUUUAGAGGAAGCAGCCUGAGAGAACCUCAGUUUCGGAAGCAGCCUGUUUCCCGGUGCCCAUACCUCUUCGAGGAUCGAGGUCGAAAACGUUGGACCCCUUAGGAAGAAUGGCACCCUCGGUCCGACGGUUUCCUCCAAGGUUCAUGUGAGUCGACUUAGCGGGGUAAAACUCCGACAGUCCAUCGAACAUGGAAUGCGGCACAAAACAACACUUUCUCUCCACCAGGCAUCCCGGCAUCGGCACGAAGUUGGCAAACAUGCCAUGCAGGUGGACUGAAUGCUCAUUUCGAGUAUGAGUCCAGUGUACAGCCUCGCUUGGUUUUCUCUUUCUUUUUUUUCUGUUUCGAUCAGCCAAGUUCUACUGACAUGGUCGCAGAGUUGUGUACAGUGUACAGGUGGUGUCUUUUUGCGAAAUGCCGGGUGUGGGUCCAUGACAUUUUCCAUG